AUGCCGUACAUUCAGGAAAGUCAUUCAGAGAGGCUCACCACGCAAAAGUACAUGUUUAGAUACUUAUUGAUCGUCUAUCACAUUAAGGACACGUCUUUGCCGCAAACAUCAAUGCAAUCCACCACACCCCACCACGAGAAUCCUCCACUUCGAAAAAUUCUAUUGUUUCACAAGCCCCGUUUUUCCGAGACGUCCAAAAACCUAUGCGAAUGGGCCCUUAAUAAUUAUUUGCAGCCGUCGGGUGAUCACGUGACCAUAGUGUCCAUAAUAAAAAUUCCAAGGGCUUAUUAUCCGGCACCCGAAGGUCUUUGGUCGUUUGGGUUAGAGGGAUAUGGCAACAAUGUAAGAUAUAUGUUCGAUUAUAUCGAAUACUCAGAGUACAUGAAGAAUGAAGAGGAUACGGCGCGAAAGAUUUUGGAGGAAAUUUCAUAUAAAUUAAGAAGCAAAAAUAUAACCUGCAACAUUACAAUCAGACGAGGAGAUGGAAAAAAGGCGCUUCUCAGCGCAUGUGACUCGGUAAAACCUGAUAUCAUACUAAUCGGCUCUUCAUCUAAAAGACGCAAAAGCAAGUUUAAUUGUUUUUCAGAAAAUCGAUCUGCCUCCAGGUUUGUCAUGAACAAUCCGUGGGGAAUACCUGUGAUCACAAAUGACAACGAAAGGAUUGAAAGGAAAGAAGUUGUUGGUGAUGACGAGGACGAAUUUUUGGACGGAAGGUCGAGGAGGGGUAGUAGUGAAGAUACAAGAAGUCUAAACACAACUAUUGCGAACGAAAAGCGCUCGAGUAAAAAUAAUUUAGCGAGCCAGAGGUUUAUUGUUAACACGAGCUUUAAGAAAAAGAAUGAACCACCGGAACCCAGACCAAAA